CUUAAAACGUUAAUGUCUCUCAGCUUCAUUAAAAACCUUACCGUCCAUUUUGGAGCCUUAUACUUUUCUGGCUCUACCCCGUAGUCCGUAUUAGGCAAAUCUUACGCAGUAGUUUGUAUCAAAUCAUCGGAACUCGCUCAGAUUUUUCAGAAACUAAAGCAGACACUCUCAGUUCAACCUUCAGCUGUUGAAGGCGAAGGUCCAAAAAAAUUGAAGCUACAGAAACUAUUUCCUCAGAUUGCCCAUCCAUCACAUAUAUUAUUAUUGGCAUAACAGUAGAGUUUGGUUGGAUCAUCAAGUAUGGCCAAGCACCAUCCUGAUUUGAUUAUGUGCAGGAAGCAACCAGGAAUAGCCAUUGGACGUCUUUGUGAGAAAUGUGACGGGAAGUGUGUGAUUUGUGAUUCUUAUGUGCGUCCUUGCACGCUCGUCCGUGUUUGUGAUGAAUGCAACUAUGGAUCUUUCCAGGGCAGAUGUGUCAUUUGUGGGGGACUUGGAAUUUCUGAUGCAUACUACUGCAAGGAAUGCACACAGCAGGAGAAGGAUCGUGAUGGUUGCCCUAAAAUAGUCAACCUUGGGAGUGCCAAGACUGAUCUUUUCUACGAGCGUAAAAAGUAUGGUUUUAAGAAAAGAUGAUUGGUAGAGAAUGAUGAUGCCAAAGGCGAAAUUGCUAAAGUUUGUGUUUUUAGUCUUUUUUCUGUCAUCAAAAUGUUACUUUUGAGUUUUGAUGGAUGUAGCACUUGUGUGAGACCCUCCCUUUGUGUCACAGCACUUGCAAGUAUUUAC